UGCCAUUGAUGAACCCAGCAACGAAGGCAUCCCCCUCCUCCUAGGUUUUUGCUAAUUUACUUCCCCAACACUCCUCGAAAAGCAUUCCCAUCCACCCCGACAACAUCAAGCUUAGCCAUGGCCCCUCAAGAAGUACCCGCAGAAGCCUUCACCGCCGCAGGGAAAGUCUCAACACUCAGCAACACAGGCUACUCGAAGAGAGCGUACGUUACAUUUUUAGCUGGAAAUGGUGACUACGUGAAAGGAGUGGUUGGAUUGGCUAAAGGUCUGAGGAAGGUUAACAGUGCCUACCCCCUUGUGGUUGCCAUCCUCCCAGAUGUUCCCGAGGAACAUCGGGAAAUAUUAAGGUCACAGGGUUGCAUUGUUCGUGAAAUUGAGCCCAUUUACCCUCCUGAAAAUCAGAUUCAGUUUGCUAUGGCUUACUAUGUCAUCAAUUAUUCCAAGCUCCGCAUAUGGAACUUUGAGGAGUACAGCAAGAUGAUCUACCUAGACGCAGACAUCCAAGUUUAUGACAACAUCGACCAUCUGUUUGACGCAGCAGAUGGAUACUUUUAUGCAGUGAUGGAUUGCUUCUGCGAGAAGACAUGGAGUAAUUCCCCACAGUACUCCAUUGGAUAUUGCCAACAGUGCCCGGACAAAGUUACCUGGCCAGCUGAUAUGGGUUCACCUCCUCCUCUGUAUUUCAACGCUGGCAUGUUUGUCUUUGAGCCCAGCCGUUUGACCUACGAAAAUCUGCUUGAAACUCUCCAAAUCACUCCGCCAACACUAUUUGCAGAGCAGGAUUUCUUGAACAUGUUCUUCCAAACUACGUACAAACCCAUUUCUUUGGCGUACAAUUUGGUUCUAGCGAUGCUUUGGCGCCAUCCGGAGAACGUGGAACUCGAUGAAGUUAAAGUGGUUCACUACUGCGCUGCGGGAUCAAAACCAUGGAGGUACACAGGCAAAGAAGCUAAUAUGGACAGAGAAGAUAUCAAGAUGUUAGUUCAGAAAUGGUGGGAUGUCUACAAUGAUGCUUCCCUUGACUUCAAGGCUGAAGACCCUGUCCCAGAGGAAGAGACCUUCUCCAGACCAUCAAUCAUGGCCUCCAUGCCUGAGCCUGCAUUAUCCUACGUCCCAGCUCCCUCUGCAGCUUAGAAUAAGCGUAAAUCCAAAGACUUGGGAGUGUGUGUCCAACAUUGGUGCAAAUCAAUCCUAUGCUUUACCGUAUACUUUGGCCAUAUAUGUAGUUCAAUGCUGGUUUAUAUCACAACCAAAUAAAUAUCUAGCAUUGAAAAGGAGCGUGUAAUUUCUCUGUAAUUCACCAAUAAAUCGCAAUCAAAUAAUCUCUUUCUUAA